AAAAACAUUUCACAAUAACGUUUAUUUUGAAAAUAAAUUACCGUGUGGAGACUUUUAAUUUGAAGGUCUGUGCCAUCUUAGGGAAGCAUAACAUCGCUGGGUGUCGAAAAUGAGCUCAACUCUAAUGCUUCCUGUCGACAUCUAAUGAAGCUCAGAAACUGAAGCCCUUGUAUGUUCCACCUGGAGAAAGAGGAUCAUGGCAGAUGACAAGGAUGUGCUCCGAGAUGUUUGGUUCGGAAGGAUCCCGGCCUGCUUCACUCUCUCUCCAGAGGAAACCACGGAGAGAGAGGCAGAGCCCUACUAUCUGCUCCUCCCACGUGUCAGUUACUUGACGCUUGUCACUGAUAAAGUCAAGAAGCAUUUCCUCAAAGUCAUGAAGGCCGAAGACGUGGAGGAGAUGUGGUUUGAGUAUGAGGGAACGCCUCUCAAAUGGCACUAUCCCAUUGGCGUGUUGUUUGACCUCCACGCUUCAAACACGGCUCUGCCCUGGAACGUCUCAGUGCACUUUAAGAACUUCCCAGAACAAGACUUGCUUCACUGCCCGUCGAACUCUGUGAUAGAAGCACAUUUCAUGUCGUGCAUUAAAGAGGCUGAUGCGCUCAAACACAAAAGCCAGGUCAUCAACGACAUGCAGAAAAAAGACCAUAAACAGCUGUGGAUGGGUCUGCAGAACGAUAAAUUCGACCAGUUCUGGGCCAUGAAUCGGAAACUCAUGGAGUAUCCGAGUGAAGAGGGCGGCUUCCGCUAUAUUCCCUUUAGAAUAUAUCAGACGAUGAGUGACAGGCCGUUCAUCCAGAAGCUCUUCCGGCCGGUGUCUGCCGACGGACACCCGCUUACAUUGGGAGACCUGCUGAAGGAGCUGUUUCCUGCUGUCAUAUGUGUGGAAGACGAGCCAAAGAGAUUCCAGGUUAUGAUUCAUGGCAUCGAGCCCCUGCUGGAGACACCCAUCCAGUGGCUGAGUGAACACUUGAGUCACCCAGACAACUUCCUCCACAUCAGCAUCAUCCCGGCGCCCAGUGACUGAAUCCGGAGGAUCCGAUGGAGAAUUUCGGAGAAAAGAUCUGCAGAGACUUCCAUUCCUGAUUUCUCAUUCUCGCCCCUGCAGUGGCCUUACUGAGCGACGGUCAUCGAACAGCAACAGAACCCUGUGCGCGUCACAUGACGGGUCCCGUGUACUUGCUGCCUUUAAAGUUCUUACAGUCAUACAUUUGCACAAGCUUAAUGUGAUUGUACUCCCACAUUAACUCUCCCGUUCCCACUCUCUAAUUAGAGUAACGUACGUUUAGACUCUCAGAUCUUUUAAUUAUUAGGAGGAAUCUUGUUUGGUGUUAAUGAGGCCACUAAACUGCUGUUUGUACUACAGGACUUGAUUAUCAACAUGUUUUAUGGAUGAGGUGUGAAAAUGAAAAUGGAAUUCUUGCAUAAAACUUGAAGCAGGAAAAGCGAUGAUGACUUCAUAUAAACAUGAUCAGAUGUGUCUGGUUUUGGCAGACGUGUAGGGGGUCACACAGCUCACUGGAGGCCAUUAGUCAGUUCCAGACUAAUGUAGCACAAUGAAGCUCUCUUUCCCGCACACCGUUAAUGAUAUGCUUUACCUUCUUUUAACUAUCUGGGUUUUUUUCUCCAUCUGCUUGGGAAAAGGUUUUCAUUCGUUUAGAGACUAAAUUUGAUCUUUGAACUGGGCAUUUGUUGUAUAAAAAGUAAGUCAAAGGCCAAACAAACACGUUCACAUAUCACACCGCUUCCAACCAGUUAACCUUACAGUAUUUUUUUCUGUUCUGACCAUUUAUUUACAACCUGCAGCAGACUGUGUGUCUGUGUUUGGGGGGAUGUGGGGACUGUAGAUCAGCGCUGCAGACGACACACAGCUGAGAGUGAUUAUUCGUUUAGAGGAAUCGGUGAGUGUUUUACCCCAGACCGAGACAGAGAGACAGCGGGUAAAACCGCAGCGCUUACGCCACCACCGGCCCACUUCUCGGCAGACUCUUCUCGACAAAGCGCUGUUUGUGUACAAACUUUCAGAUGUUUAUAUCAUUCUUCGUAUGACUCCUCCCAAUAAUUACAGAAAUAAAGAUGCUGCAACCUGUCUCUACUAAUAACACGGUUAAAGUGAUAACAAGGUUCAAAUGUGCAUUUUCAUGUGUGAUUGCUUUCCUGUCUUUGCUAGUUUUAAUUUAAAAUGCAUUUAAUUAAAACUAUUUUAUAGCUA